AUGGCAUGGAGACUCAUCAUCCGCGACGACAAGGCCGUAGCCGCCAAAUACAUCGCAGACUACAUCAUCCACCGCAUCAAAUCCUUCGCCCCAACCCCAUCCAAACCCUUCGUCCUCGGCCUCCCCACCGGCUCCUCGCCCGAAGGCAUCUACAAAUGCCUCGUCGCUGCGUACAAGGCCGGCGAGAUCUCGUUUAGAGAUGUCGUUACGUUCAACAUGGACGAAUACGUCUCCCUCCCCCGCGACCACCCCGAAUCCUACCACUCCUUCAUGUACACGCACUUCUUCUCGCACGUCGACAUCCCGCCCUCCUCGAUCAACAUCCUCAACGGCAACGCCGUGGACCUGGAGGAAGAAUGCAUCGCGUACGAGGAGAAGAUCCGUCGCGCGGGAGGGAUCGAGUUGUUUCUGGGAGGGAUCGGACCGGAUGGGCAUAUUGCUUUUAAUGAACCGGGGAGUAGUUUGAGGUCUAGGACGAGGGUGAAGACGCUGGCUUAUGAGACGAUUUUGGCGAAUUCGCGGUUUUUUGGCGGGGAUUUGGGGAAGGUGCCGAAGAUGGCUUUGACGGUUGGGGUGGGGACAGUUAUGGAUGCACGCGAAGUGGUCAUCAUCAUCACCGGCGCGCAUAAAGCCCUCGCCCUGCAGAAGACGAUCGAGGGCGGUGUGAAUCACAUGUGGACCCUCUCUGCUCUGCAGAUGCACUCGCACGCCAUGAUCGUUGUAGACGAGGACGCCACGUUGGAACUGCAGGUCAAAACCGUCAAGGUGCGCUCUCUCAUCCCCUCCCCUGUCUUUCCCUCCCUUUUCGCGAAAUACCCUAUGAUACUGACUAGUGAACGCGAGCAGUACUUCAAAUCCAUCGAAUCCGUCGCCCUCUCCCUCGGCUUCGGCCAAACCCUCCCGUCCGCCGAACUCACGCUGCGCAAACGCGACUCCGUGCUCGAGAAGCUCGACUCCCCGCGCUCACCCAAACAUCACAAUUUCUUGGUCCCAGCACCGGCGGAGGCGAAGAAGCCCGAGCUGGCGAGGAGUGUGACGCCUGAGUUGGUCAAUGAGGCGAUGCAUGAGCGCACCACCGCCGACACCCACUCCUCACAACCUGCCGACAAUGCCUCCAUCUUCGAACCCCUCGACACCUUCCCCCGCCGCCACAUUGGCCCCUCCGCCCGCUCCGCAGAGCAAAUGCUCUCCGCCCUCGAUCCGCCCGUCGCCAGCCUGGACGACUUCGUCAAGCAAGUCCUGCCCGCCGACAUCCUCUCUUCUACCCCUCUCAAAGUCGAAGGACCCAUUCCGGAAGCCGGGUCUGAACCGUCGAGCGAGGGAGGGUACUCGGAAUCUCAGCUCAUCGCCCGCUUAAAGGAGAUCGCGAGCGAGAAUAAAGUGUAUAAGAGUUACAUCGGCUGCGGCUACGCGGGCACACGCGUGCCGGAGGUUAUCAAACGCAAUAUUCUCGAGAACCCGGCGUGGUAUACGAGCUAUACUCCCUACCAGCCGGAAAUCUCGCAGGGAAGGCUGGAGAGUCUGCUGAAUUUCCAGACGAUGUGCUCGGAUCUCACGGGGCUGGAGAUGUCGAAUGCGAGUGUGCUGGACGAACCGACGGCGGCAGCCGAGGCGAUGACGUUGAGUAUGAAUGCGCUGCCUGCGGCACGGCAGAGAUGGGCGAAAAAGGUUUUUCUGGUGUCGCAUUUGUGCCAUCCGCAGACUAUUGCUGUGUUGGAGAGCAGAGCGCAGGGAUUUGGGAUUACGAUUGAGGUUGGGGAUGUUUUGGAAGGGGAAAGCAAGAGGGUGGAUGAGAUUGGGGAGGAUUUGAUUGGUGUGCUGGCGCAGUAUCCGGAUACGCUGGGAGGGGUGGCGGAUUUCAGGCACUUGUCGGAGAAGAUCCAUAAGCUGCAGGGCACGUUUUCUGUGGCAACUGACCUUCUAGCACUGACGCUGCUCACGCCGCCGGGAGAGUUUGGCGCGGACGUGGCGUUUGGCAAUGCGCAACGGUUCGGCGUGCCGUUUGGCUUUGGAGGACCGCACGCGGCGUUCUUCUCGGUGAGCGAGAAGCAUCGCAGGAAGAUCCCUGGACGGUUGAUCGGGCUUUCGAAAGAUCGACUGGGUGAUCCCGCCGCGCGUUUGGCGCUGCAGACGCGGGAGCAGCAUAUUCGACGCGAGAAGGCCACGAGUAACAUCUGCACUGCGCAGGCGCUGCUGGCCAACAUGAGCGCGAUGUAUGCGGUCUACCACGGUCCGGACGGGUUGAAGAAGAUUGCGGAGAAGGUGGCGAAGAUGACGCAGGUGCUUGCGAGGGGGUUGGAGCAGGUUGGAUGUGAGGUGAGGCAGCCGGUGGCUUUUGAUACGGUGGUGAUUAAGAAGCACGAUGCGCCUGCGUUUGCGGCCAAGUCGGCGCAGUUGUUCCAUGUCAACUUUCGAGUUGUGGAUGACAGCCAUAUCGGCAUUACGCUGGAUGAGACGGUGGGGAAGAGGCAGAUUGACGAGAUCUUCAAGGCUUUCACUACUGAGUCGGUGGAUGUCAAGGCGAUUGCGAAGGAGGUCAGCGCGACGUCGAGCAUUCCCGAGGCUCUUCGAAGGACGUCAGAGUACAUGACACAUCCGGUCUUCAACUCCCAUCACUCGGAGACGGAGAUUAUGCGAUACAUGAACCACCUCCAGUCGAAGGACCUGUCGCUCGUGCAUUCAAUGAUCCCGCUGGGUUCGUGCACGAUGAAGCUGAACGCCGCUACCGAGAUGGCACCCAUCUCCUGGCCCGAAUUCUCCUCCAUCCACCCCUUCGCACCGAAAGAUCAAACCAAGGGAUACGCGGUGUUGAUAGACGAACUCGAAAAGGACCUCGCAGCCAUCACCGGCUUCCACUCCGUCUCCCUGCAGCCCAACUCGGGUGCCCAAGGCGAGUUCACUGGCCUCCGCACCAUUCGCAAGUUCCUCGAGUCCCAGCCUAGUGAAAAGAAACGCGACAUCUGCCUCAUCCCCGUCUCCGCCCACGGCACCAACCCGGCUAGUGCAGCCAUGGCCGGCAUGCGCGUCGUCACCAUCAAAUGCGAGACCUCGACAGGCAAUCUCGACAUGGCGGAUCUCAAAGCGAAAUGCGAGAAACACUCCGCCGAGCUCGGGGCGAUUAUGGUCACGUACCCAUCCACUUUCGGCGUCUUCGAACCCAAGAUCCGUGAGGUCUGCUCUCUGGUGCAUGAGCAUGGCGGACAAGUCUACAUGGACGGCGCCAACCUGAACGCACAGAUCGGCCUCUGCUCCCCCGGCGAAAUCGGCGCGGACGUCUGCCACCUCAACCUCCACAAAACCUUCUGCAUCCCGCACGGCGGCGGCGGGCCAGGCGUCGGACCGAUCGGCGUCGCGGAGCACUUGUCCCCAUACCUCCCCGGGCACCCUCUCGUCGAGGGCGUGGGCGGGCGUAAAGCCAUCGCCCCCGUCUCCGGAGCACCGUGGGGUUCCGCCUCCAUCCUCCCGAUCUCCUGGUCCUACAUCAAAAUGAUGGGCGCGCGCGGCCUCACGCACGCGACCAAAAUCACCCUGCUCAACGCAAACUACAUCCUCUCCCGCCUCAAACCCCACUACCCCAUCCUCUACACCAACAGCGCGGGCCGGUGCGCGCACGAAUUCAUCCUCGACGUGCGCGGCUUCAAGGACUCCUGCGGCGUCGAAGCUAUCGACAUCGCGAAACGCCUUCAAGACUACGGCUUUCAUGCGCCGACGAUGAGUUGGCCGGUGGCGAAUACGCUAAUGAUCGAGCCGACGGAGAGCGAGAGUAAAGCGGAACUCGACCGGUUCUGCGACGCCCUCAUCUCCAUUCGCGGAGAGAUUCAGGAGGUGGAGCAGGGACGGCAGCCUAAAGAGGGGAAUGUGCUGAAGAUGGCUCCACACACUGUCAAGGAUUUGCUGAGGGGGGAUUGGGAGAGGUCUUACGACCGCGAGACCGCUGCUUACCCGCUUGCUUGGCUUAAGGAGAAGAAGUUUUGGCCGAGUUGUGGGAGGGUGGAUGAUGCUUUUGGGGAUUUGAAUUUGUUUUGCUCUUGCCCGCCGGUGCAGGAUACGCCCGAGGGGAUCACGGGGACGGAGGCGCCGGCGCCUACUUGA